AUGUCGACCAAGAGGGCAGAAUUGAAGAAAACAAACCUGAACAAGAACUAUAAGACAGUCUGCCAGGAACCGAAGCCAGAUUCAACCCAAACAUAUGAUUACAAAGGAGUUAAAUAUGAAGGGCCGUUCAUUAAGAAAGGGACCACACAGGAGCUUAAGAAUGAACUCAGGGAGGUGAGGGAAGAACUCAAAGAGAAAAUGGAGGAGAUUAAACAGAUAAAGGAAAUAAUGGACAAGGAUUUUGAUAAACUUCAUGAAUUCGUGGAAAUUAUGAAGGACAUGCAGAAGGAUAUGGAUGAGAAGAUGGACGUGUUAAUAAAUAUUCAGAACAAAAAGCUUUCCCUUAAAGGACAGCCCAAGGAGCAGGAGGAACUUGGUUUGAUGGGAAAGGCUGACACAGACCCCCAGCGGGAACUAGAGAAAAUGGAUGCACCCGAUCUAGCACCAUUGUCUCAUCACAAGAUCAUGACGCCACAGAGAACAAAAAAGGAUCUGAUGGAUUCCCUUCACCAGUGUCGGAACUGCUGUGAGAAAUGUUUGUUGUGUGCCCUAAAGACCAACUACAAUCAGGGUGGCAAUGACAGCAGAGUAAGGAACAACUGGCUCACCGAGCCCACCCACAGACAGCAGGUGCUGCUGCCCCAGGCUCUGACUCGGCAUCACCAGAGAAACCUGAGGGUAGAAGAAGUUGCCAGAGGGAAAAUACCCCUGCACUUUUUGGAAGGCCUAUAG